GAGGGUGAGAGAGAGAGAGAGAGAGAUGUCCAAGAAUUGGUUUCAUUGUCUUUUGUCUUAUAUACGUUGUGUUUAUGUGUAAAAUUGAAUGUUUUUCAUCACCACCACCACAUCCUCCUCUUACUCCCCUAAAAGUCUUCGUUGCUCAUCACUCCAGAAUCUUUUAUCAUCAUCAUCAUCAUCAUCACCGUUUGUCGAGUUCGUUUGAUGCUGGUUGUUCGUCGUCGUCGUCGUUGUUAUUUGUCUAUGGCUGUCAUGUCUUAGUUUUUCUACUUAUUCAACAACAAUCAAUGUGUGUGUGUGUGUUUCUGGUUUUUUUUUGAUUUCUAGCAACAACAAAAGCUGAAUAUUUUUUUCAAGAAUAUAAGAAUCUUAAACAUUUUCGGAACGAGGCCCUUUUUGGUCAGCUGAGUUUUUUUUAUACCAUGAUAAAAGAAGGGCUUUUGGUGAUUGAUUGAAUGAAUGAAUGAAAUUGACCGGUCCAUUGUAUCCACGCCGUUUUAUAUUCAACUAUUUUAACGAAUUUUCAAAUUAUAGACUUGUGUGUGUUCGAGUGCUAGUUUGCAGGUCAUGUGUACACAUUUCGUGUUUCGUGUUAUAAUCAUAUAAUUGAUACCUGGCUCAUAUAAGGUCAAAGUACAUGUGCCGUUUUUUUUUUGGUUUCGUUUUGUUUUGUUCAAAACCGGCAACAACAUAGGUCGCGCUUAAUUCGUGUAUUGUAUCAUUAUCAAAAAUAAAAUGCGAACAAAUGGUCAAAUCGAAUGAAUUGUUAAUCAACACCCCCAGUGAAAUGUGGAUUCUGUAGAAUUAUCCAUACAUUAUUGAUUACGGUAUAUCAGAUCGAAGAAUUGAAUUUGAAAAUAAAUAAAUGAAUAAAAUGGCAACAGCAUUGACCAGUAAUUAUCUGUCCAGUUCACCAUCGAAUCAAUCAUCAAAUUCGUAUCAGAAUUCAACAACAACAACAACAUCAUCGUCAGCUAAUGGUUAUCAACAACAUGCCCAGAAUUUUAGUAAUAAUUCUAUAGCAAAUAUUAAUAGUAAUAAUAAUUCAACAACGACAACCACAUCCAAUAGUGGUCAACAACAGCAACAUUCAUCAAAUACAUCACACAUUAAUCAUCUAUCGUCAUCAUCAUCUGCAACACAAUCAUCAUCAUCACCAAAUCUUUAUCGCGUUGGAGACUAUGUCUACAUCGAGAUUACGCCUUCAACACCGUAUCAGGUUUGCAAAAUUGAAGAAUUGAUCAAGAAUCAGAAUGGAAAUCCUGAAGUAAAAAUGGUCAUCUUUUAUCGUCGUCGUGACAUGUCCGGAUCAUUGUUUCAGCAGAUUGAAAAACAACAAAUAAGUGCCUUAGAAGAGGAACAGGAAAAAGAAUAUGAACAAUUAAGUGAAAAAGAAAAACAUCAGAUAAAAUUAAGGGAAAUAUUUUUGUCAAGACAAUUGGAAACAUAUCCGGUUAGCAGUAUUCGUGGAAAAUGUCAGGUUACAUUAUUAAGUGAAGCUGAAUCAUUGACACAUUAUCUAAAAAGAGAGGAUACAUUUUUCUACACACAAGUAUAUGAUCCAGAACAGAAAACCUUAUCCGAAGCUGAUCGUGGUGAAAUACGUGUUGGACAAAGAUAUCAAGCCGAUGUACCUACACAAACAUUGGAUGAUCCAAUCGUACAGGAUCAACGUCGUCUUGAAGAUCUUGAAACAUUAAUAUUUACACCGGAAAAUGAACUGAAUGAACAACAAAUUGAACAAUAUUUGACUGUAGCCAAAUCUAUUGGUACAUAUGCACGUGCAUUAGAUUGUUCUGGUAGUGUUAAACAGCCAAGUUUAUUGAUGAGUGCUGCAUCUGCAUCACGUGAUGUUACCAUACAAUAUGCAAUGGAUAUAUUACAUGAAUGUCAUUAUGAUAUUGCUAAAGCCGUUUGUCGUCUAGUCCCAAAAAGUGGACCUGUUCUUUGUCGUGAUGAAAUGGAAGAAUGGUCUACGGCCGAAACAAGCCUAUUCGAUGAAGCUAUCGAUAAAUUUGAGAAAAGGUUUGAUGAUAUUCAACAAAAUUUUUUACCUUGGAAAAGCAUGAAAAAUUUGAUUGAAUAUUAUUAUUUUUGGAAAACAACCGAUCGUUAUGUACAACGUAAACGUGUGAAAGCGGCCGAAAAUGAAAGUAAAUUGAAACAGGUUUUCGUACCAAAUUAUAAUAAACAAAAUCCAUCAUCAUCGUUGAAUGGUCUAAUGAAUGAUUCUAAUGUCAAUAAACAAUGUGAAAGUUGCAAAAAAACAUCAUCAAGCAAUUGGCAUGUAUGGGGACCAACAAAUCUGCAAUAUUUUCUUUGUCAAACAUGUUGGACAUUUUGGCGAAAAUUUGGUGCAUUUAAAUAUCCAAAUCGUAUUGCUGAUCUGACCGCUGAAAAGCUACAAGUGUCCUCGAAUCUUUCAGCAGCAGCCGCAGCAACAACAGGGACGUCAAACAAUCAAUCAAUUACUAAUAAUAAUAUUGUACGAGCCUCACCAAUCGUUAAUGAUCUCAAUUCACCAUAUUCUUGUCGUGAAUGUAAUAAAGUUUUUUCUAGACAAGAACGCCUUAUUUCUCAUAUGGCAUCACAUCGACAGCUACAUAAAUGUAAUGUUACAACAUGUGGUAAAGAAUUUAAAUUUAAAGCACAUCUAGCACGACAUUGCGCCACUAGUCAUGGCGUAGCGAUACGUUCGGGCAGUCCAAGGCCAAUAAUGAAAACACGUGCAGCAUUCAUAUUCAAAGUGGUACCAUCAUUACGUAUGGCUCGAAGUAUAUGUGCCGAUAUUCUUAACCUAAGACGUGCAGCACGUAAACCAUUUUCAUUGAAUAUUCCAUUAUUCAAACAUGAAUAUAAUGAACGUUAUCAAAAAGGUUUUAACAAACAUUCACCUAAACUAAAAAAGAUUGAUCGUGGAAAAGUGGUCGAUAUAUCACAUCGAUUAGGUACACCUAAAAUGCCUAAACCAGAAUGGUUAAUUGCAUUACCUAAAGAUAAAUUACCACAACCGGAACGAUUAGCAUUUCCACCAACAAUCAAAUCCGAAGAAUUUGAACCCGAAGAUAUGAGCGAUCAUAAUAAAGAUUCAUGUGGUAACAAUAAUGAUGUUGUUGGCGGUUGCGGUAAAAAACGUCCACUUGAACAAAAUGGAAAUUUUGUACCAUCAAAACGUCGUCAAAUGGCACCACCAAGUAUAUUGGGAAAAUCUGUACCCGAUCUAUAUGAAAACAUAUCAAGAAAUUCGGUUACAGCACAAUCAUUGAAUGGACGGGCAAAAAUUGCCACAAUAACUAAUUUGAGUGGUAAAAAACAAAUGAUCAGCUGGGUUGAUGCACCUGAAGAUGUAUAUUUUGUAUCGACGAAAAAAAUCAAACAAAUGAGACGAAAAGUUCCAUUAGCUGAAUUACUUCGUUCUGCUCGACAACCUUAUAAACUUCAUUCAGAAUAUUUAUCAUCAUUGAUUGCAAACUUAUCAUCUACAACAACAUCGGCCGCUUCAGGUGGUGAUGGCGGUAAUCAACCAUCUCAAGUGAUACCAAAUCCUAGUGGAUCAUCAUCAUCCCGUUCAGGUGAUAAUAGUGGUGGUCGUAGUGGUGGCCAUCAUCAAUCGUCAUCAUCAUCAACGGCCGCAGCAAUGAUUCCAUCAUCAACAACGAAUCUAAAUUUGGUACAUAAUAAUCCAGCGGCAGCAGCUGCUGCUGCUGCAGCCGCAGCAUUAAAUCUAGCUGGAAUCAAUCCACUUUCUGCAUCAUCAUCAUCGCCAUCAUCACAACAAAUGGCUGCAUUAUUACAGCAACAAAUGUUGGCACAGAAUCUGCCAUUAUUAGGUGCAGCGGCCAAUGCCAAUCAUCUGGUAUCACCGAAUGCAUUUUUCAAUAAUAUAUCACCAACAAACGGUGGUAAUUCUGGUGGUGGUGGCAAAAUGAACCGAUAAACCGAAAUUUGAUCAUUAUAUUUCAACAAGCAAAACAAAACACAAAAAGAGAGCAGCCGAAACAAAAUUUGUUUUCAACUU